UAUAUAUAUACAUAUACAACCGCGGAAGCAUUUUGAGAUGCCUUAUCGUUGGGCUUCCACCCUCCUCCUCCUCCUCCCUUCUCCAUCCUCGCCUCUCUUGCUGCGAUCAUCGCUCCAAUGGCUUCUUCCAACUCCGGUUACCUCUUCCGGCCUCGCGUCCACGGAAAUAUAGCUCCAUAUACUGGGAGAAGGUCUCGCUUUAUGAGAUGGCUCUGCAAGUUUUUUAAAGGGACAGGUACCGGAGUGUCAAAUGGACAUCAUCCACAAGUAAAUGGGGAAGAAAACUUGUUUCAUGGACCAAUUAAACCAGUGGAUGACCGAUCUAAAGCUGAAAAUGAAGAUCUUGAUCGUGCAAUUGCACUUUCUCUUGAUGAGGAUGCCAAGAGACCUAAUGCUGCUGGCUACAAGGGCCGGGGAAAUGAUGACGACGAGUUAGCUAGGGCUAUCCAAGAAAGUUUGAGCAUGUCCUCCUCUCAACCAUAUUACCCUGUACAGGUUUUGCCCAGAGGAUAUAGAAUUUGUGGAGGAUGUCACCAUGAAAUAGGUUAUGGACAUUAUUUAAGCUGCAUGGGAACCUUUUGGCACCCACAAUGUUUUCGUUGUCAUGCUUGUGGUCAGAUUAUCUGUGAGAAUGAGUUUACUUUGUCAGGCAUUGAUCCAUACCACAAGUCAUGUUAUAAGGAGUUGCUUCACCCCAAAUGUGAUGUCUGCCAUGAAUUUAUCCCAACAAACAGGGCUGGUUUAAUUGAGUAUAGAGCUCACCCCUUUUGGGGCCAAAAAUAUUGUCCAUCACAUGAACAUGAUCGCACACCUCGAUGCUGUAGUUGUGAGAGAAUGGAGUCAAGAAGCACAAGAUAUAUCUGCCUAGGAGAUGGCCGUAGCUUGUGCUUGGAAUGUCUUGAUUCUGCUAUCAUGGAUAUUGUUGACUGUCAGUCUCUAUACCACUCAAUUAGAGAUUAUUAUGAAGGAAUGAACAUGAAAAUAAAUCAACAAAUUCCCAUGCUUUUGGUAGAAAGGCAGGCGCUUAAUGAAGCCAUGGAAGGGGAGAAAGAUGGUCAUCACCACAUGCCUGAAACCAGAGGCUUAUGUCUUUCUGAGGAACAAACUGUUAGCAGUAUACUUAGAAGGCCAAAAAUUGGGGGAAACAGAAUUCUGGACAUGCGGACUUUCCCACAAAAGUUGACCCGUCAAUGCGAAGUCACUGCAAUUCUCGUAUUGUAUGGCCUUCCCAGGCUAUUAACUGGUUCCAUUCUUGCUCAUGAAUUAAUGCAUGGUUGGUUACGUCUCAGAGGCUAUCAGAACUUAAGCCCUGAUGUGGAAGAAGGCAUCUGUCAGGUUCUUGCCCAUAUGUGGCUUGAAUCUGAGGUUUUGCCAGGGUCAACUAGUAUGCCAUCCUCUUCGUCGUCAUCAUCCUCUUCAAUUCCAUCAUCUAAGAAAGCAGGAAAGUCUGCCACCGAUAAGAAACUCGGUGAGUUCUUCAUGCAUCAAAUUGCUCAAGACACAUCACCUGCCUAUGGUGAAGGUUUCAGAGCUGCUAAUGCAGCUGUUAACAAGUAUGGGCUUCGCCGAACCCUGGAACAUAUACGCUUAAGAAGCAAUUUCCCGAUGUGAAAACCAUUUCUUAUGUAGUAAUGAGAGAGAGAGAGAGAUUGCAAAGUGUGAGUCGCUUAUCCCAUAAUUUCUUGGGGAGCCAGAUGAGUGGUAUUGCUUUGUGUCUAAAGUAAAAUUAGCAGCUGUAUCUGACUAAGCUUCAAAUAAUAUCUUUUCUCAAA